AUAGAACAUUGAACUUGUUGGCCUUGAAUCUUAGGACAAGCCAUUCUAACCCACAGACCCAGUUCCAUCUCUGAGCAGUGUAAGGGGUCAGGGAGGCCUGUGGCUCGGUCAUAGCAUUGCUGACAGAAGAAUGGCAUGAGCAAAAAAUCUGCCUGGGAGGAAGAAAAUCUACAUGGAGAUUGAGCUCAGAAGAAACCUUGACAUGGAUUUGAUUGACAUACUUUGGAGACAAGAUAUAGAUCUUGGAGUAAGUCGAGAAGUAUUUGACUUCAGUCUUCGACGGAAGGAGCAUGAGCUGGAAAAACAGAAAAAGCUUGAAAAGGAAAGACAAGAACAACUGCAAAAGGAGCAAGAGAAAGCCUUUUUUUCCCAGUUGCAGUUAGAUGAGGAGACUGGGGAAUUCCUCCCAAUUGAGCCAGCCCAGCACAUCUCAUCAGAAACCAGUGGGUCUACCAACUACUCCCAGGCUGCCCAUGUUCCCAAACCAGAUGAGCUGUGUUUCGAUGACUGCAUGCAGCUUUUGGCAGAGACAUUCCCGUUUGUAGAUGACAAUGAGGUUUCUUCGACGACAUUUCAGUCACUUGUUCCUGAUAUUCCCAGCCAUAUAGAAAGCCCGGUCUUCAUCCCACCUAACUCAGCUUCAGCACCUGAAACUGGUGUCCUCCCGCUCAACAUUUCUGAUUUAAAUAUCAUGGAGCAGGACAUUGAACAAGUCUGGGAGGAGCUGUUAUCCAUUCCAGAAUUACAGUGUCUUAAUAUUCAAAAUGACAAGCUGGCCAAGACCGACACGGUUCCAAGUCCAGAAACCAAAUUGACAGAAAUGAACAAUUAUCCCUUCUACUCUCCAGUCUCCUCACUGGAAAAGACAGCAGAUAACUGUAGUCCACAUUUCCUUGGUGCUUUUGAGGAUUCCUUUAGUGGCAUCCUCUCCACAGAGGAGACCAGUCAACUGACUGUGAACUCACUCGAUUCCGAGGCCUCUGGAAGCACAGAUUUCGGUGAUGAAUUUUAUUCUGCCUUUAUAGCAGAGCCCAGCGCCAGCAACAGUGUGCCAUUCUCUGCCACACUCAGCCAGUCCCUCUCCGAACUUCUGAAUGAGCCCAUUGAUGUGUCUGAUCUGUCACUCUGUAAGGCUUUUAACCAGAACCCCCCUGAAAGCACAGCAGAAUUCAAUGACUCUGACUCUGGCAUUUCGCUAAACACAAGUCCAAGCCUGGCCUCUCCAGAACACUCGGUGGGUUCUUCCAUCUAUGGAGAUACUUCUCUUGCCUUCAGUGAUUCAGAAAUGGAAGAGCCAGACAGUGCGCCUGGAAGCAUCCAGCAGAAAGGUCCUAAAACACAACCAGUGCCGUCUUCUGGGGAUCCAGCCCCACCCCAGUCACCAUCCCUGGGGAACAGUGCCCCUAUGCAUGAUGCUCAGUGUGAAAGUCUCCCAAAGAGAGACCUGCCAAUAGGUCCGGGGCACCGAAAAGUCCCCUUCACCAAGGACAAACAUUCAAGCCGUCUGGAGGCUCAUCUCACACGAGAUGAGCUAAGGGCAAAAGCUCUCCAGAUCCCAUUUCCUGUAGAAAAAAUCAUUAACCUCCCUGUGGACGACUUCAAUGAAAUGAUGUCCAAGGAGCAGUUCAAUGAGGCUCAGCUUGCAUUGAUUAGAGACAUACGGAGGAGGGGUAAGAAUAAAGUGGCUGCUCAGAAUUGCAGAAAAAGAAAACUGGAAAACAUAGUAGAACUAGAGCAAGAUCUGGAUCAUUUAAAAGAUGAGAAAGAAAAGCUGCUCAAAGAAAAAGGAGAAAAUGACAAGAGCCUUCACCUAUUAAAAAAACAACUCAGCACAUUAUAUCUCGAAGUCUUCAGCAUGCUACGUGAUGAAGAUGGAAAGCCUUACUCCCCUAGUGAGUACUCCUUGCAGCAGACAAGAGAUGGAAAUGUGUUCCUUGUUCCCAAAAGUAAAAAGCCAGAUGUUAAGAAAAACUAGAUUUGGGAAAAGCUCACCUUUUCUAAGCUAGUUUUGUUUUUUGGGUGGGUUUUUUUUUUGUACUGUUAUACUAAAAGCUCCUACUGUGAUGUGAAAUGCAGAAAUAUACUUUAUAAGUAAUUCUAUGCAAAAUAUAGUCAAAACUAGUAUAUAAAACUUUAAUAAAAAGCAUUAAAAGAAGUUAUCGAUAGACGGAAUCAGUAGUUUCAUUUUAACUGCAAACUUACUUUCUUAGGACACCAUUUGGUCUAGUUUCUGUAUAAGUGUAAAUACAACAAGAACUUAUUUAUACUGUUCUUAUCUCUUUUGUUACAUUCAUAGAUUUUUAUGAUAUGACAUCUGGCUAAAAGCAAAUUGUAAACCUAACCACUAUGUACUUUUUUAUAAAUACUGUCUGUAAAAAAGAAGGCAUUUUUUAUAUUAAAUUCUUUAUUUCUGUCAAAGAAAAUUUAGUUGAAAAGCUGGUACUAAUAAAGAAAUAUUAUGACU